AUGACGGGUCGCGAAUCAAAUCGCAUUAAGGACGCUGAAAAAAAGCGUGUUCUCGAUGUGACCGCCCGCCAGAGACGAGCGCGCAAAGCUCUGGAGGCCUUGGAGCAGGAUAACUUCCACGAUGACCCCCAUGCCGACCUGGUCAUGUCGAAGAAGUUACCCAAAUUCCAGGACAAUUUGAAGACGGGAAAGGAGAAGAAGGGCAAGCGCAAGGGCGCCGAGUACUUCCGGGCCAAGUAUCGAAAGAACUUCCAGCAGCUCCUCGAGGAGGACAAGGACCAGCGGCCCAACUAUGAGAGCGCCUCCGCUCCGGCUCCCCAGAAGCCCGUUCGACAUUUCUGCGCCGUCUGCGGCAACUUCUCGCUGUACUCGUGCACCGCCUGCGGAACGCGAUACUGCCGCGUGCGGUGCCUCAAAACACACCAAGACACUCGAUGCCUGAAGUGGACCGCCUAACAAUGGUUGUAUCGUUUUAAUAAAUCAAAGCCUAGAAGUAA